GACAGUAGCAAGUUUGGAGUUUCCGGCACCGUCGUCUGGUUCUCUGCACUCUGCAGUCACUUUUCGUUUGUCUUUUGUCCCACCGGAGCCAUCAUGGUUUUGUUCACCUGAGCAGAGAAUCAGGAGAUCUGCCGAUCACGCCUCCAUCCCAUUCAAUUCCAAGGUGCGCUUUUGUAUUCUUGCAGGCAUGCCUUUCACUAUAAUAUAUAAUCCCACGCUUUUGAUUUUUGAAUCCAGAAACCCUAGCAGAGAAUCGUACUCUGAGAGCUCAGUUGUUGGCCAUAUCAAUAGAUAAUUAGCUCCAUAGUUGUUGUUUAUUCUUGCAAACUCAACGUGACUAGCAAAGGCUCAAUCUUUCUGAACCCUAAAGAAUACAACAGAUUAUGGAUUAUAAUGAUCAGGUUCUCUUCUUACCCCCACAAACUACCAAACUAAAAGAACAAACAAACUAAUGAGAUUCGAGACUGGUUGCUGCCUUAGACUGCCAGAGCUAAUCAUUUAGUUUCAGCAAGUCAGUUCGAGGCCACGCAUUUCCUUCGUGCUUCAUGGCGAAGUUUAUGCUCCAUGUCUCUGUAGUUGGAACUUAAGAUGACUUGGAUGCUCUUUCAUAAUGUUCCUGCAGCAUGUAGCCGCUAGAAUGAGGUCGUAAUAGUACUACGGUAACAGUAUCGCCGAAAUAUAAUCAGAACAGGACCUGGUUAGUCUUGGUGCAAAGUGGAUUCUGGUCUCCUUUCAAUGGCAACGAGAACGCGGAUUGGUGCAGAUGAAAUCAGUAGCUUGCCAGACAAUGUUAGAGAGCAGCAGAUCCUGAUGUUUUUACCAUUACGGGAAGCAGCCAACGCAAGCAUCCUGUCAUCUAGAUGGAGGAACAUGUGGACCCGACUCCCAACUCUCGUCUUUGACGAGAGCUUUUUGUCAAACUACUGUAGAAGCCUACGGUCAAUACCAGAUUGCUGAGAUGAACAAACUAAUGUUCAAACUCUGCACAGUUCUGUUGCUUCACCGUGGGCCAUUGCAGGAGCUUUCACUCUCGCUGCCUAUACUAAGGAGCUUCCCUGCUCAGAUUGAUCAGAUCCUGCUGUUUAUUCAAGAAAAAUGCAGCAUUAAGAGUUUAACCAUCACGGUUGAAAGUCGGUACUGGAGGCGUAUAUUUCCUUUCCGGAAGAAUUACAAAGGCUACAAGCUGCCAAAGCGUUUGUUCUCAUUUUCACAACUCAAGGUCCUGCGGUUGUGUUGCUGUCAAUUCACAUCCUACCCUGUUUCAUUCGAAUGUUUCAGUAUGCUAACCGUCCUCGAGCUUAGAAAUGUGAUAUUCGAGGGCUGUGGUAAAGUUUGGAGCUUCACAUGUCCACUGCUCUCAGCUUUGACAUUGGUUCAAUGUGGCCGUGGCGGUUUAUUCAAGCUGCCUCGCAUUGUGAUAGAAGCUCCAAAACUUUGUCGUUUCCACUUUCACGGGACUUUCAGCUCUCUUCAAUUGAACAAUACUCCAUUUCUCAAAACCGCUAUCCUCCAUAAGGAGUUCACUUUCUCUCUGGACAGAAAAAUAAAAGACAACCCCUCAGACUUCCUGAAAUUUUGGGGCGGCCUUGCUGCAGUAGAGUCGCUUUCUGUGUCCGGUUAUCUCUACCAGUACCUGAGAAUAGGUAAUAGUCAAGCCAUUGAUCUAAGUCCAUUGCCGAUGCUAAGGCAUAUGAAAUUGGAUCGUGUGUGUUUGAACAGCAAGAGUAUUGCCUGCUCUGUUCUUCUCAUGAUCAAGAGGUCACCUAACUUGCAACAAAUUGCAAUCUCGGAUGGAAAUAAUGUGUCGAAGCAUGAGCUGAGCCGACUUACGAGGGUGGAAGUGAAGCGACUCAAGGGCAUCAAACACGAAACAGCUUUCCUCGAAUGGCUGUUGAGCUCCUCACCAGCACUUGAGUCGAUGGAAAUUCAGCUGGAGGAGAAACUAUCAGCGGCUGAGAAGGUGUUGAUUCUCACAGAACUGAAUGGAUUUCAGAGGGCCUCGACUAGAGCACGUAUCAUAGUUGAAUGAAAGGGCAUAUAUAAAGCGUCACAUCAACUGCUAGCUACUUGGUCUUCCUUUCCUAGUUAACCUUUUGUUGCAGCUAGGAAAUUUUUUGAUGAUGCUAUGAGGAAGAUGAUGG